UCUUCUUUCCUGGACAGUACGGCCAGCAACUCCCCGCGCACCACCCCCACCGGCUCCCCGGCCGUGCGCAAGCGCCUGCUGGCCUCGGGCCCCUCGUCUCGCUCCUGUGAGGGGGACGGCAUGGUGGAAAAGGGAUCCGACAGCUCCUCCGAGAAGGGCCCCCCCCAGUCCCCCAACUACCCGCCCGCCGCACGCAACUUUGCACGCAAUGCCAAGAAAAUGCAAAGCUGGUACAAUGUCCUCAGCCCCACUUACAAGCAGCGGAACGAAGACUUCAGGAAGAUUUUCAAGAAGCUGCCGGAAACAGAGAGGCUCAUAGUUGAUUACUCCUGUGCGCUCCAGAAGGACAUUCUGCUGCAGGGCCGUCUCUACCUCUCGGAGAACUGGAUCUGUUUCCAUAGCAACAUCUUUCGCUGGGAAACCACGAUCACCCUCCAGCUGAAGGAUGUGAGCACUCUGACCAAGGAGAAGACAGCCAAGCUCAUUCCCAAUGCCAUCCAGAUCUGCACAGAGCAGGACAAGCACUUUUUCACCUCUUUCGGAGCGCGGGACCGGAGCUACAUGAUGAUUUUCCGGCUGUGGCAGAACGCACUCAUGGAAAAGCCGCUGUCCCCCAAGGAACUUUGGCACAUUGUUCACCAGUGCUACGGGACGGAGCUCGGACUGACCAGCGAGGACGAUGACUACGUCUGUCCCUCGGACCACAUCAACGGGAUCAUCCCUAGUGAUGAUGUCGUGUCCGAGCUGCUGGACCUCCCCAUUGACCACUCCUCUCGCAACAGCAUUGACCUCAAACUGGACGCCAGCCGGCUAGUGCGACCGAACAAGUGCUGCCUGCCCUCGGUGGAGAGCAGCGACGGGGGGCCUUCGUUCCUGGAGGACCUAGACCCCCACUCUGAAAGCCAGCCGGACGACUCGUCCGCUCAGACAAUCACCCCAUUGUCAGAGCGAGCGAAGGUGGUCCUGGGGAACCUGUCGUCGCUGGACCUCGUGAACGAUGACGACAUACCCACUGACCUGAGCGACUCCUCGGACACGCAGGACGAAGCAGGGGAAGUGGAGUCCUUGUGUGCAGAUCUGAAUGGGCGUCUGCACAUCAAUGCCGUGUACAGGAUCAGUGUGGACAGGCUGUAUGAGCUGAUCUUCACAGACCCUCUCUUCCUGCAGGAUCUCUUCGAGCAGCGCAGAUUCACCGAUCUGUCGCUGAACGAGUGGCAGCAGGACAACAGCGGCACCUCCAGCCGCGUGCUGUCCUACACCAUCGCCAUCAACAACCCCCUGGGACCAAAAACUGCCCCGGUUGUGGAGACACAGACGUUGUAUAAGAGCAGUCAGAAGAGUGACUGCUAUGUGGUGGACUCGGAGGUGAUCACUCGCGGCAUUCCCUAUCAGGACUACUUCUACACGGUGCACCGCUACUGUCUGACAAGCGUCUCCCGCAACAAGUGUCGCCUCAGGGUGUCUUCAGAUAUCCGCUACCGGAAGCAGCCCUGGAACCUGGUGAAGGUCCUGAUUGAGAAGAACACCUGGAGCGGCAUCGAGGAGUACUUCAGGCACUUAGAACUGGAGGUGUCGAAGGUAGAGGCCCUGUUGAAAGCGGACACGGUCGGCAGCGAGAACCUCGGCAAGCUGCCAGCGCUGCGACGCAGGAAACGCAACUUGAGCCGCAAGUCCCGCCUCGGGGAGGGGCUGGCAGCAGUGGAGGCGGAUAAGGAGCGCGCCACCAGGGGGGGCCGUGGAGCAGGCUCUCCCUACAUGAAGCCUGGCGGGCGAUGUCGAGAUGGAAACGGCAUCAGUAUAAUCCUGCUCAUUAUCAGCUUCAUGAUCUGUAUAAGUCUGGUGGUGCUGGUGGCUCUCAACGUACUUCUCUUCUACAAGCUGUGGUCCCUGGAGCGGGCAGCACACACCCUGGAGACCUGGCACUCCUACGCACUUUCAGACGGCAAGCUCCCUCAGACGACCUCGGAGUGGGCUCAGAUCCUGGAGCUGCAGAAGCAGUUCCACAAGGCUGAGGUCUGCAAGUGGAAGCAGAUUCUCAAAGCCUCCGUCGAGGUGCUGGACGAGAUGAAGUUUUCUCUGGAGAAGCUGAACAAAGGGAUCUUGACAGCGGAGACCCCACUGGACUCCGAGGGGAGCGGGGAGGAGCCAGUCUCUCAGUGAUCCGACUCCACGGAGCCACAAGACUUUGGAGAAACGUGCAAUUCUGUGGGCUUUAAUAACCCCCUUCCCCCAGUGGGUUGUCGUGGAGGGCCCACAGCUUUCGGAAAUAGAUGUUAAAGCCCAGAGAUCAACUUCUGUAGUGCCAGAAGUAAAGGAUGGGGGGGGCGGGGACGGACUGAGGAGUUAUUUCAUGGAGUAGAUCCCAUCGAUUUUUUUUUUUUUAUAAAACCACAAAUGGUAUCUGAUUUGAAAAAUAUAUAUACAAAAGAGAAUGCUGUAGAUUUUGUUCUAGAUUUCACAUUCUCUGAACUUUGACUGAUUUGUGAGGACCAAGACUGAAAAAAAAAAAAACACAGGAACCUUUUUUUUGUUUGUUUAUGUUUUUGUUUGUUUGUUUUUGGACUUCCUAACUUGAAUGCGAGUUUCAAGUACUGAAAACAAGAAAUGGAGCCGUUCUAGAAGAGAACCGUUUCUUUUUUAGAACCUUCCGUUCCAUCGCAGAAACAAACUCCGAACGGAAGGAUCUCGCAGAACAGGCGUGCUGCAUUUCAAAACAAAAACAAAACAAGCAAAUGCGUUUCUAGCGAGCCAGGAGAUUCAGUUACUGAACCAGCUAACAAGAUAAUUAAUCAAGACCCUGUGUCCUUUUAAAAAAGGACUUCAAUAUCCAGACGGUGUUAUGGAGUGACUUGAACUGUUGACAGUUUGUGUGUUUUGUUGUUGAUGUUGCUACUGUAUUAUUAUUAUUAUUAUUAUUAUUAUUAUUAUUAUUAGUGUUGUUUUUAAAAGGGAAAUCUACAUUAUUAUGUUUGUUGAUUUCGGCUUUUGCCUGGGUAUGAAAAGGCCUGCCCCAUGCAC